AUGAAUCAAACCAACGCAGAGAAUGGGCCAACAGACGGCAAGGGGACUAUCGUCAACGUUGAGAGCGUUUCCGUGAGCUCCUUCGACGAGGCCGAACACAAGCGCAUCGUUCGGAGGGUUGAUUGGCAUCUCCUUCCUUUGGUGACUCUGCUCUACUUCCUGUCCUUUCUAGAUCGCGGCAAUAUAGGCAAUGCCAAGAUUGCGGGCAUGGCAGCAGACGCGCACCUGGACGGGCUGAAGUACAAUCUCGCCGCCGUAUUCUUCGUCCCAUAUGCACUGGCAGAGAUUCCGUCGAACAUCCUGCUCAAGCUUGUCCGGCCAUCGCGAUGGAUCCCAUUCAUCAUGGUUGCGUGGGGCCUAAUCAUGACACUCAUGUGCUUGUGCAAGACCUACCACGACCUUAUCAUUGCCCGCGUCUUCCUCGGCCUUGCCGAAGGCGGCCUAUUUCCAGGGAUCUCAUUCUAUCUAUCCAUAUGGUAUCGCCGAUGUGACCUGUCGUCUCGGAUUGCUAUAUUCUUCUCUGCCGCGACCAUCGCUGGUGCUUUCGGUGGGCUACUAGCGCGCGUAAAGUUCUGCAUCGAGAAAAUGGAAGGCGUCGGCGGGCUGCACGGGUGGCAGUGGAUUUUUGGGCUCGAGGGGAUGGCGACAGUGCUGUGUUCGAUCGCAGCGUUUUUCCUCAUGCAGGAUUAUCCCGAUAGCGUCACGUUUCUGACAGAAACACAGAAGAUACGCCUUCUUCAUACACUCCGCGAAGAUACGCAGGGUGCCGCGACUCACUUUGACAUGAAAUUCGUGUGGCAGGCCCUGCGCGACUACAAAAGUUGGGUGCAAGUCUUCACCUAUAUGGGCAAUGCUAUCGCCGCGACCGCGCUUUCCUUGUUUUUGCCCACAAUCAUAGAAGACCUGGGUCUUGCGGACGCGGAUGCGCAAUUACUAACCAUACCGCCAUUUGUCUGUGGCUGUAUCUCGACUAUCUUGAUCGGCCUUCUCUCUGACCGCCUCAACCUACGCGGGCCGUUCAUUCUCAGUGGCUCCGUCAUCGCGCUCGCCGGAUGCAUCGUCCUCUAUACGCAGAAUGCGCCGGGCCCGAGCUACUUCGGGACUUUCCUCAUAGCGAUUGGCGCGUACCCGCCCAUACCGCUGAACAUCUCCUGGGCGAUGAGCAACGCGGGCGGAGAGGUGAAGAAGGGUGUUGUUGUCGCUAUGAUCAUUGGCUCAGCCAAUCUCGGAGGGAUAUGCGCAUCAUUUGUAUAUAUUACCCCACCACGCUUUUAUGUUGGCCAUGGAAUCAUAAUGGGGUGGCUAGGACUUUCGAUCCUCUGCUCGCUGUUUGCCAUGUGGAACUUCAAAAGACUGAACCGAGAGAAGGAGGGGAUAUGUCAGGAGAAGCAUAUCGACGAGAGCAGGUCGGCGGAGUUCGCAGAGAUGGGGAGUGAGAGCCCACUGUUUCGCUUCAGCUCUUAGAAGCUCGUAUGCACUUCAGGUCAGACACGAAUUAAGUUCAAAAUCUCGAUGUACGAAUAGAAGUCUCGACAAUACUGUGCGACGCAGCACACUGCCCA